GGUUUCAGAGAAGAUGACAGAGGAACUGGAUCUCUUGGGACAGGACUCUGAUGCGGGGAGUGAGGAGGUGGUCCUGACCCCUGCAGAGCUCAUUGACAGGCUGGAACAGGCCUGGAUGAAUGAAAAGUUUGCCCCUGAGCUGCUGGAAAACAAGUCGGAAAUCGUAGAAUGUGUCAUGGAGCAGCUGCAGCACAUGGAAGAAAAUCUCAGGAGGGCCAAGAAGGGGGACCUGAAGGUCAGCAUCCAUCAGAUGGAGAUGGAGAGGAUCCGCUUCGUCCUGAGCAGCUACCUGCGGUGUCGGCUCAUGAAGAUAGAGAAGUUUUUCCCUCACGUCCUUGAAAAGGAGAAAACACGCCGUGAGGGGGAGCCUUCCAGUCUUUCUCCAGAAGAGUUUGCCUUUGCCAGAGAGUACAUGGCUAACACAGAGACCUACCUAAAGAACGUUGCCUUAAAGCACAUGCCUCCUAAUUUACAGAAGGUGGACCUCUUGAGGGCAGUUCCCAAACCAGAUCUGGAUUCAUACGUGUUUCUGAGGGUGAAAGAGCGACAAGAAAACAUACUGGUAGAACCGGAAACAGAUGAGCAGAGGGACUAUGUGAUCGACCUGGAGGAGGGCUCACAGCACUUGAUCCGAUACAAAACCAUCGCACCCCUGGUCGCUUCUGGAGCCGUACAGCUGAUUUAAAAC